UAUGCCGCGGGUUGUCCCUGACCAGCGGAGCAAGUUCGAGAACGAGGAGUUCUUCAGGAAGCUGAGUCGAGAGUGUGAGAUUAAAUACACCGGCUUCAGGGACCGGCCGCACGAGGAGAGGCAGGCCCGCUUCCAGAACGCCUGCCGUGAUGGCCGCUCCGAGAUCGCUUUUGUGGCCACAGGAACCAAUCUGUCUCUCCAGUUUUUUCCGGCCACUUGGCAGGGGGAGCAGAGACAGACACCGACUCGGGAAUAUGUUGACUUUGACAGAGAAGGAGGCAAGGUGUACUUGAAGGCACCUAUGAUUCUUAAUGGUGUUUGUGUAAUCUGGAAAGGCUGGAUAGAUCUUCAGAGACUGGAUGGUAUGGGCUGCCUGGAAUUUGAUGAAGAGAGAGCACAGCAGGAGGAUGCAUUGGCACAACAAGCCUUUGAAGAAGCUCGGCGGCGAACUCGUGAAUUUGAGGAUAGAGACAGGUCUCAUCGGGAGGAAAUGGAGGCAAGAAGACAACAAGACCCUAGUCCUGGAUCUAACCUAGGAAGUGGCGAUGAUCUCAAACUACGUUAAUCAAAAGUGGCAGGUGUACCAUGGGUCUGCACACAUGCAUUGCUUCUACUUGACAAAGGAUUUAAUAAAAGACCAGAAAC